UGCCCCGACCCUCCCUGUUGCUGCACCCCAGCCAGGGGGUGUCCCUGGGGGACAAUGUCACCCUGCGCUGCCACCUGCCCCAGCCGGCUACACGAGUUGAGCUCUACAAGGAAGGAUAUUGGGGACUUAAAAAGCAAGCAUACAUGGACAUGGUACAGGACAUGGCUGAGUUCCCCUUGGUUAGUGUAAAGAAAGAAGAUGCAGUGAGAUAUCAGUGCCAGUACUGGGUGCUGGAGCCACCAGGGACAUCGGAGAAGAGUGAACCCAUGGAGCUGGUGAUGACAGAUCCCAACUAUCCCCCAGCCAACAUUUCCCUGAUCCCCAAGGAACGUGUGGAGACGGGGACCAAUGUCACCAUCCAGUGCAGCAACCAGGAGUAUGGGGGCACCAUCUUCCUGCACAAGGAUGGGCACUCAGCCCCUCUCCAGCACCAAAAACCCAACGGUGAGGGCACAGCCACCUUCACCCUUUUUGGGGUGACUGUAGCUGACUCUGGCACCUAUAGGUGCUCCUACCGCUUUGGAGGCUUCUACCUUCUUUCCUCACCCCUUGGGGAUAGCGUGACACUGGAGGUGACACCCGCACUUGCACUCCCAGGUGAUGAGAGGAGGUCCCAUGGGAACCUGGUGGUGGCAGUGGUGAGGGGCUGCGCUGCUGCCCUCGUCUUUGGCCUUGGCCUCUACUUUGUCCUUGAUGCCUGCAGCCUCUGGAUACGAAGGGAUGACAGCCCUGGUGGGGAAGACAACUGAAUCACUUUGAUACUCGAAAGAGCAGCUUUAGAUCGCACCCAAGUAUGCUCUGUUUCCUCUUGCACAGUUCUUAUACCCCCCAGUCUCCCUCCCAUACCUUUCAAUCCCUAUACCUCCCUCCAGCUGUGUCCUUCCUCAUCUUCCAUCCCGUAUAGGUGGAUCAAUCCUCUUAACUUUCCCCUGCCUCCACUUCCAUGCACUACUGAUCCC